UCUCACAUUUACAAACCCCCCUCCCCUGUUCGGUUAACAAGUUAACAGCCCUCUCAUCGUCCCUGUAUUACUAUUCUCCCCUGUAUUUCCGAAUAUUCCAUAUUUGUAUUCCAAACCGCCGCCUCUCGCCGGAUACAUAGACAUCAAAUUGUCAAUCAAGUUGUUAUAUACACACGCAAUCGUUGUAUAUUAGCCAUGGAAAUCCCUGUAAUCAACAGAUUAAGCGAUUUCGAAGCUGGAAUGAAUUCUUUACAGAUCCCAUCUUUUCUUUCACAGAUUGUAACCUUUACAGGGAUUGAGAACCUCCUUCAAGCUUACAGUUUCUGGAAAUGGGGCGCAUUGAUUCUUGCUCUGUUAGCCUCUUUUACCACCUUAGUCAAUAGAAUCAGAAUUCUUAUCAUCAGAUUUAGAUUCCAAGCAAACCAAUCACUACCCACAAAACCCCUGAUUGAGGACGAUGACUAUGACAGCGAAUCUGAUUCUUCUUGUUCAUCCUCUGACGAUGAAGAAGACGAGCCGGCAGCAUCUCCGUCUUCUCCCAGAUGGCGACCCACUGAAUAUCUAGAUUUCCGAGUCAGCGGUUCCGCUCAUUCCAUCGACGACCGGUGGAAAAACAGUGACUUGAAGCUCCGGAGACGCCGCAGCAGCUGUAGCUUGGGAGAUUUGUUAUCGUUUUCUGAAUUAGCGAACAAGAAGAGCGUGGUCAAGCUGUGGGACAAUUUGAGUAAUUUGGGGUUAGGGCUAGAUCUCAAUCGCAACUCAUUUGGAGACGAAAUCGACACAGCAGGGCUGGACAUUGCAUCGAUUUUUGGCUGGAACAGCAGGAUUUCAGCUGUUCCGGCUUCAUCGUCGCCUGCGGUGGUUGUGUCCGCCUCUACGAACGAAUCCAAAAAUGUUGAAUUGAAGGUGUGGGACACUCGCGCCGCAUUUCAGUUACCGGCGAUAAUCGCAGAGUGGAGACCGACUUUGGGAAAAAUUGUGGGGGUCUACACCGGCGGCGUGGAUAAAGUUUACGUCAGAGAUGACGGCAGUGGAGAUUUGACGGUUGGUGACAUGCGGAAAGCGAGCUCGCCGUUAGAGAAUUUGACGGAAUCUGACUCGGAGACAUGGUGGGAUGCGGACGCCGGUGAUGAGACCAUUGAGGACUUGGUCAGAACUGAACGAUGGUGAUUAGCUGUGUUGCGACGCUGUUACGGCCUUAGCUGGCGCACCCGAAAAUAGGUGGAAAUCAAUUGCUCAAUGGUAGGUAGAAGGGCAGUUUUGUAAAUAUCUUUAUGCUUUCAUUAUGAAAGAACAAAAAUUAUUGCUGCUUAUUCUAAUUCCCAUUUAUUUGGAGUAUUUAUUACUUAGUUAUUUUAUAGGAAAAAAAUAUUGCUGCUGAUAAAUGAUAAUGGGCAACUCCAACGAGGGUUCCUAUAAUUGUACUGUAAGAACUCAUUUGUACUUUACAUACUCUCUUGCAUACUUUUCAUGUAAUACUAUUCCAACAAUGAGUUCCUAAAUGAAUAAAAAGUGCCCUACCAAUA